CAGCUCGUAAGUUUCUCGCUAAAAUGAAGUUUUUUACACGGCGGUAGGAGUUUGAUAGAAUAGUUUAUUUUGUUAGCAGACGAUUACCAGAGGUGUUAUUAUUCUGUGAUUUUUCUACAGAACUCAUUCAGAAUGAAAGCUGUUCAGAUCCAGCAUUUCAGCUCUCUGCUUUGCAAAAAUAAAAUCCUCGUAGAGGAGGGCAAGCCAAGACGGAUGACUCCAUCGGUUUUUACACAGGAAAUGCUGCAGUCCACAGAGGAGCGCCUGUGUAACACCACAGAGGUUCACCUGCCCCUCAUGCUCAAGACUCCAGAGAGCAACACCCUGCAUCACACAGUAAAUCUGUCCCCAAUAAAACCGGACCGGCCGAUUUUCCAGCCUUACCCAUCAGAGCUGGUCUUCCAGAACUUCAUUCCCUUACAAACCUACAGUUUGCCGCUGCUGCUUCUCAACAAUGACAAGGUUGCACACGCUGUAAAGUUGGAGCGGGAUAUUUCAGAACAGUUCUAUGUGGUUGGUCCAGAAAAUGGAAGUAGCAAGGUAGCACCAGGAAUGACUUUGAGUUUUACGGUAUUCUUCACACCACAGGAGAGCAAGGACUACAGCCACAGACUGGUUUGUGUGACACCAAGAGAACGUUUUGAGAUUCCUAUUCGUGCCAUCGGGCCACGUGGCAUUCUGGACUUUCGAGAUGAGAUUCAUUUACCUCUUUGUUUAGUGAAAGCAUCCACAGAGAAAACCCACUUUGUUUGCAACGUAGGCAACUGUAAAGCAAAAUUCAAGUUGCACACACAAAGUCCUUUCUCAGUGACGCCCUCUUCUGGUACUCUCAGUGUUGGAGAAGGCAUCCAGGUGACUGUGGUUUUUCACCCCAUGACUGUUGGAGACUUUCAGGAAGACCUCCUUCUGCACUACGGCACGGGUGAAGAUGUUCACAUCAGUUUGUUUGGAACUUCUCAGGAACUGGACAUCUGUCUUGAACCUGAGCCCUUAAAGCUGAAGAAGACAUAUAUCUCCCUGGCCAGCUCUCAGAUAGUAUCGCUCACCAACUGUAGUGAGAUUCCUCUUCAGUACCAUUGGACAGUGUGGCCAAGUCAGGCGAAGGAUGACCUGGAAAACUCAGUGCUUCAGCAGGGGGAGGAGAAAAAAGAGGAAAAUAUGUGUCAACCUAUUCAAUGUGGGUCUGACCCCACAGCGAUCCAUCACCUCCCGCUGCUGUCCCGAGCCCUGCAGGAGAGCGAAAGCCGAGCUGCAGAGGACUGCCUCCCUACUCUCUCUCUCAGCGGCAUAACAUUAGAGCCAGCGGAGGGCGAGAUCUGGCCUAACACUACAGCAAACUUCAUCAUUAUCUUCAAACCAGAGGAGGCAAAAGUUUACCAACACACCGUUUACUGUGAUGUCACAGGCAGCGAGUCACCAUUACCCCUUCGGAUCAAAGGUGAAGGCCUUGGUCCGAAACUCAAGCUCAACUAUAACCUAAUGGACAUGAAAAAUGUUUUCAUAGGUGACAAAGACCAUUAUGAGGUGCAGAUGACAAACAGGGGGCUGAUUGAUGCCCCUUUCAGGUUUUCUCGCCCCGACACCACAUUUGGUCGGUGUUUUUCCAUUAAUCCAGAGGAAGGUGUUGUUCCCCCUGGGAUCUGCCAGGCUGUAGGAGUUACCUUUCACAGUCAGAUCUUGGGAAGUUUUUCCGAGGAUUUGCUAUUAACUGUCACAGGACAGUCUCAACCUCUUACCUUGACCUUCAGGGGUUGUGUGAUUGGCCCCACGUUCCACUUUAAUGUCUAUGAGCUAAAUUUUGGCGAUGUAGCUUUUGGUUUUCCAGCAACACAGACGUGUACCCUCUUCAACACGUCCUUUGUUCCUAUGACCUUUGCCUUACAUGUCAUGGGGGACGGGUUGGGAUCUGCCAGUGUUAGCAGUGCCAAACAGGUGUCAGAUUUGUCCCAGAGGAUCUGGCAAGGGUAUGUAGCUAGAGACCCUCGCCUUCGGCCGGUGGAGUUCACAGUCUGUCCGGCGGCCGGCACCGUGGACGCCAUGUCUAAUGUCACCAUUAAGGUGACUCUGUGCUCCAACACAGCGAAGAAAUACGAACUGGCUCUGGCGGUAGAUGUUGAAGGUGUCGGAGAAGAAGUCAUGGUUUUGCCUCUCAAUGCCAGGUGUGUUGUGCCUGAGAUUGUGGCCGAGCCUGCAGUUUUGGACUUCCAGAGAUGUUACCUGGACCUUCCUUAUGAGCAGAAUGUGCGGCUGAUCAACUCCAGUAGUCUUCCUGCCUGUUACGGCAUGCUAGAUCAGGAAAUUGAGGAAAGCACAACAGUACUUUUCGGCAGCUCUGUGCCCAGAGGAGUUCUUCCUCCUGGUAGUUCAAAGGAGAUUCCUGUGUUCAUAGCUGCUCGUGCUGUUGGAAGGAUCCAGAACUCUCUACGUAUCGCUGUGUUUGGCAGCCUUCAGCAGCCUCUGGAGGUCGUUCUGUCAUGUAUUGGAGAGGGACCCAACGUUUAUGUUCCCAUCGCACAGCUGAAGUUUGGCAGUAUUCCUGUUCUGACGGAUGUUACUCGAACACUGCAACUGCUCAACCAAUCUCCCAUUCCUGCUCACUUCAACACCUGUAUGAUCCAUAAACAGUCCUUCUGGCGUGUUGAACCCAGUGAAGGAGAGGUGCCACCGGAGAGCCAGCUGGAGCUAAAGAUAGUGGCACAUCUGAACGACACACGUCGCUUUCUGGACAAGCUGGAAAUAUCCGUACGAGACAGUCGAACACACGUUGUCUCCCUGUCCGCCACAGGCACCGGGACAACAAUUGUCAGUGACAAACCUUUGGGGCCUAAUCUUGACCUGGGCACGCACUUCUGCAAUGUUUCAUAUCAGUACCCAUUCAAACUGACCAACCAUGGUCCACGGCAUCACCGGAUGUUCUGGAAGAUUGGUGGCUUCCUUGCCUCUCCAAAACAACAUGUAAACUUCUCCGGUAGAACUGUGUUACCUCCAAUCAGCUCUUCUGGGCAGAGAGAUACUCUGAGACAUAGAUCUUUACCUUCCUCCAACAGAGAAAAAUCAGUUUUCACUCUCAGUCCCGCUUGUGUGGACCUUUCUCCAGGCUCUUCUGUUGAUAUGGUACUCGCUGCAUUCACGGAUUCCCCCAAGAUUGUUCAUGAGCGUCUGGUGUGCGACAGCAUCAUUGGUGGCCACGGCUGUCAGGAGACCAUCAUGUCUGUUGAAAUGAUGUGUCGUUUUGUUGCACCACUGCUUAGUAUUUCCUCAAAGCAGCUGAACUUUUACGUAAAGAAGGUUAAGGGGGACAGUCUGCUGCCGGUAUAUCAGAAGCUGGUCUUGUACAAUGUGUCUUCUUUGUCUCUGUCCAUGGAGCUUAUUCUUACAGAGCCUUUCUUUCUGUGUGAGACCCCAGGAGACCCCGGGAGACACAGAACCAAGUUUUUCGUUUUAGAGGACCAGCGUCAAUCUGAAUUCUGGGUUUGCUUUGAUCCAUCUUUAUAUAAGGACUUAGCGCCACGUAUUGUGGAUGAGACACUUAAAAUAAAUUACUUGGAACACCCACAACAAGAUAUUGUGAAGUUGCAUGCUGUGGUCCACUUUCCGAACCUUCACUUUUCUUCAACCACAGUUGACUUUGGUUGUGUGCAAAACUGCACAGAGACAAAAAAAACAGUAACAAUUACCAACUGCUCUCCGCUGCCUUUGUCCUACUGUUGGGCUUUUCUGGAAGACCAAAACCAAACUCAACUAAGGCUUACAGCGGAUGAUCAGAGCACCACACAGCGCCCUGUGCAUGUGGAAGAGGCUUUUGAUAUCUCACCGAUGUAUGGCGUUUUACAACCUCAAGACCAGCAGCUCGUCACCUUCUAUUUCUUCGGUCAUGAGAACAUCAGUAGAGCGGUGGUGGCUCAGUGCAGUGUUGAAGAUGGACCAACAUAUGACGUCCAGGUCAGAGGAGAAGCCUCGGCAAUCUGUUACAGUCUUGAAUCCACCCAUCUUGACUUUGGCUCUCAGCUCUUUCACUGUGUGGGGGAAGUUGAAAUGUGUGUUAGGAAUUCUGGCAAAGUGGGCUUUGAGUUCAGCAUCAUACAACUUCCAAGUGCUGAGGAGGACGAAGGGUUUGAUGAAGAUGAAGGAGCACCAAUGAAGGCAGGUAACGAGGGUAGAGAUACACAGCAACUCAAAGGAAAUAGCAAACAACAGGAGAGACCGAGGAUCAGACCUGGGUUGCCCAAAGUCAUUCCAGCUGUGGGUUACAUUGGUGCUGGUUCUGAGAGGCACCUGCGCGUACUUUACCUACCCGGCAUCCCUGAAGUGUUUGAGAAGCACUUUCAACUACAAGUGGCUUUCUUACCACCACAGGAGAUCACUCUGACUGGGGUGGGAGUGAUUCCAAGAAUCCGACUGAAUUUACCUCGAAACUUGUCAGAGGAGUGCUACAGUGAUGUGUUGCAGCAGGCCCAAGCAGCUGUGGAGGCACAGAGAGUCAGACAGGAGCUUGAACAUGGGAUCCUUGUUGGUAGAGGGCCUCAAGAACCAGCUGACUGUGCACCAACGUAUGAAGAGUUGAUCCACCUGGAAGUUGAGAGGUUGCUGGUCAUAGAGAACGCUCUCCGUGUGCCUGAUAGGAUGCUGGAGCUUAGUGACCAACCUAGUUCUUUAUCACAGUGGCAGAAUCUCAGCAAGCUUUUGUCUCUUCGCAGGGUCAAGCUUCCAGAGUAUGUGCUGGAUUUUGGCUUAGUGAUUCCAGGCAAAGUCUACAGUCAGAUGGUGAACAUCAUUAAUAAUGGAUCAAUACCUGUGUCCUUCUAUGCCCACUGCAAACAUCUAACAGGCACAGGUUUUACCACAGAAUUUGAAAGUGUGCAGAACCUUCCUUGUGGGGAAACCCAGACUUUUACAAUUGAAUUUGAUUUUCACUCUCCCAACGGAAAGACGGGGCAGACGAGCAUCAUUCUGCCGAUACAGCUCACAGAUGGACCAGUGGUGCAGGUUAAGCUAUGUGCAGUCAUAACCAUGCCAACACUCACCGUCUCAAAAGACAUGCUGCUGUUUGACACAGUGCAGUGUGGCAUGUGUCAGAUUCAAACGAUACAGCUGCAAAACUGUGAAUCAGUGCCGUGUCAGUGGAGCAUGGCUGAAGAGGUGAAACCUCUCAAAAAGCAGCAGCGGCUGAUUCCUGCGGUAUUCCAGAUGAUUCCCUGCUCUGGUGUGAUGUUCCCUGGAGAACGUGUGAACGUCCACAUCAAGUUCUGCCCUGUGGAGGGGUGUUCAUACAGCAGACGGCUGGUGAUCCAUGUUUCUGACAGCACUCAGCAGGUCUUCAUUACAGCUCGGGGUCAGGCUGAAGAAGCACGGCUCGAGUUCUGUCCGUCUGUCCUGGAGCUUGGGCCCUGUCUUCCUUUUAGCUCAGAGUCUAAAGCUGAGGUCACAGUGAAAAACCACUCCUCCUUCCCCAUUGAGUUUUACUCCCUGGAGUUUGAUAAACAGUACCUCAAGGAAGAAGAGAUCCUGCGGCUUAUAGCUGAAUAUGAUGAGAACAACAUGCUCCUGCUUCCCCCAAGGGUCCCUGGAGAAGGUUUUCCUGCGGAGCUGCUGGAAUAUUGCUCUCAGUUGAAAGAUGAUGUGCUGAAUGUAGGCAUGGUGGAAGAUGAAUCAAAGAAAGAUGGCACAGUAAAGGAUGAGGAGAAAUCAAAACCAAAUGAUGGCGCAGUUGAGAUGAGCUUCUUUAAUGUGAAACCAGGGCAAUUUUUUUUUUCACAGUUGACCAGAGAAGGAAUCAUUGGUAGUGUCAAACAGCUAGACAUGACACCUGCCUCCAGAGCGAUCGCCCGCCACAUGGAAUUGAACCUUUCACCUGAGGGACUGACAGCACAGAACCACCGAGGAAUUGCUAUCAUUGUAUAUGGAGCCCCACUAACAGAUAAAAGCAGCAUGGCAGCAGCUCUGGCAUGUUACUAUGGAGCAGCGUGCUUGAGUAUUGAUGCUGUGGUCACUGAUGCCAUUCAGAAUGGCACUUCUCCAGCUAGCCAAUCUGCAAGGCAACUUUAUCAUGCUGCAGUGGCUGAUUAUGAACAAAAAAAGGCUGCAGAAGCUGCCAAGGCCAUUGAGGAAAAAACUCAGUCAAAACCUGCAGCACCUCCUGAAAGCUCAGAUCCUGAUUUAAUUCCAGCUUUCCUUAAUACUGUGGAUGUUCCUGCUGACCAGAGCGAGAACUGCUGCAAUAACAAUCCUUCUACAGCUCACCAGACGUCAGAAAACACGGCAAAAGAUUUUUGUGUGGGAAGAAAUGCAACGACAAUCAGUUUUUUCCCACCUGAACAUCUUCUUGUUGAAAUCCUUAUAGAACGAUUUCAGUUAAGCGAUUGUCACAGUGGAAUAGUUAUCAACGGCCUGGAGUCUGUUUACAGUCCGAGUCAACCAAGCACACUUCAAGUUGUGCUUAAGGCCAUCAGUAACCGCAAGCACAUAUAUGUACUAAAUUUAUCUGACACCUACGAUGCCCUGAAGGAACGGGAUAGACAGCAGAGAGAGGCUGAGGAAGCCUUGCAGAAAGAAAUAGCUGAGAGGGAAGAAAGGUGGCAGUGGGAACUGGAUCAGGAGACGUUCGAUGCUUUGCCUGAUGAAGAUAAGGAGAAAAUUACUCAGCGACACCUGGCGGCAUUUCGACAGAAGAAGCAAAGGGCGCUUGAACAGAAGGCGAAAGAGGAGGAAGAAAGGAGGCAACAAGAGGAGAAUCACAGGCUGAAAGAAAAAGAAUUAAAGAAAAAGAAGAAAAAGGAUGAAAAGUCAGCAACUCUGGAAGCUCUGAAAACCUCGCUGGAAAUAAAGCAGAGCAUUGUGGAUGAACUACAGUGUGAGUUUGAUAAAUAUGAGCAGAGCCAGGCCAUGGUGGAGCAGGUCCUGCAGCAAUGGGACCGGGUCCAAGGCGUGCUCCUGGAUUCUUUUCCGGCUGAAGAACUCCGUCCAGGUUCAGAUGAUGCCAUAAUAGAGAAAAAAGCACCUUCUACCAAGAAAUCAAAGAAAAGCACCACUAAGGCCGUCCUGAGAGCACUUGACCUCAUCCCUCACAUUGUGAGGAAUGUAACGCAAAAUGGCUGUGGUAAUUCCACAGAACUGCUUAAUAACAGCAUCCUUCCUACUUUGGAUAAGAUACUGAACGACUUGAGUUUAGGACAUGGUGGCCCUCCGAGUCGUCCUCCAACCACUCUAUCUGUUGUUGCUUUUCCUGAACACAGGGAACAACCUAAAGUCUAUCAAACAUGUUUCACCUUCCUGAAUCCAUCAGGGCAUGAUGAGGACGAUGAAAAUAAAGAUCUAGAGGAACAUGCACAUAAAGCAAUUGCACAGGAAAAGGCAACAGGCUCUAAACGUCACAAGGGAAACUCAGAUCACAAGACCAAAGACAAAAAAGGCAAAGAGAGUCAAAUGAGCAUAACAAGACAAAGCAAGACAAAAUCAAAGGCCUCAGAGAGUUUGACCACAUUUCGCUGGGUUGUACCUGCUAACAGUGAGGUGCUUCUGAAGAUCUGGUUCUACUCUGAGUCACCUGGAAUAUUCAAACAGGUCUUUAAUUUUGAGUUAGCUGGGAACCACAAACUCUACCAACUCACAUGCAGAGGAGUUUGCACCUACCCCUCCAUCUCAAAGGAGUUCAAGACUCUUUUUGCGCACAGUAAGAAGGUAGCACAAGAGAAGGAAGACCUUCAGAAGACCUAUGUAAUCAAACCUGGUUAUUUUGAGUUUGGACCUUUACUUUGCAGUAAGACUAGAGACAGGUACAAGAAAAACACAUAUCCAGAGAACUCUGUGAAGCUGGUAAUUGAUAACAAUUCUAGUUUGGAGGCAGAGGUCCAGUUUAGUUUCCAGCAUGACACUCAGGCCACAACAUAUCUGCUGGACCCUCCUACGAUGGCUCUCACUCCUGGACAGAAAGAAGUACUGACAGUCUGGGCAUUCCCAACCAAACAGGGACAAAUAAAAGACAGCUUAAUUUGCCAUAUCAAGGACAAUCCCGAGCCUACGGUCAUCCAGUUCUCUUGCUGGGGUGUCCGACCAGAACUGGAGCUGGAGAUAAGCCAUUUAAGCUUUGGCAGGAUUCUGCUGCACAGGAGAGACAGUCGCGGCAUCAUGAUGCACAAUAAGACCCCUUUGCCACUGUCUUGGAUACUGCAGGGUGUGGACGCCUUGGGGGAUGAGUUUAUGGUGCCACAAGAUCAAGGCGUCAUCAAGCCGAACUCCUCUUUCCUUCUCAGCGUUCAGUUCAGGGCCAAGAGGCCGAUCCUUGUAAAGAAACUCUUACGUCUUGAGGUAUACGAUGUGGACAAAAUUAUUGGAAUUCUGCAAACUGAGAACAUACAAGUUUAUGCUGAGGCCUAUGAUGUAGAUCUGAAGAUCGAACCAGCAGCCAGUUUGGACUUUGGAACCAUCAGAGCAAAUGAAGAUGCCAAACAGCAGCUCAAACUGACAAACAAAGGAAAAUAUGACUUAGCCUUCAAAUUUUCAGUUGGAUGUCCUGACCCAACACUUCCCACCAUAAAGUCCAUGUUCACAGUGUCUCCACAGAGCGGUACUCUGUUGCCCCGUGGGAAACCUACAGCUGUAGUGAUUGUCUGCAGACCUGAUAAAGAAGUCUCACUGAAAGAAGAAUCCAUCCUAAGUUGUCAGGUGAUUGAACCCAGCAUUAAAGGAGGAGAAACCAUAGCCACCUUAGACAUCAAGAUUUCACUGCAGGCUGUUUUCUCCAGAUACAAGAUAACACCUGCGUGGGACAUUGACUUUGGUCCGCUGAUUUAUGGCACUGACAAAUCCCAGAACUUCACAAUAGAAAACUAUGGACACUUCCCAAUACAUUUCACCCUCAGUCGCAUGAUCUCAGAACUUGGAAUCCAAGCAAGGCCAGGAGGACGAACCAGAGUCCUACCUAGAGACAGUGUUUCAGCAAAGUCCACCGGGUCCACUUCUGAAUCAAGACAAGAUCUUCCUCACAGAGAAUCGAGUACUCGGGAAACUUGCCUCAACAUGGGCGUUUUCACAUUGUCUCCCUACACUGGAAACUUGCAGCCUGGGUCUCAGCAGCAGAUAACCGUGGUCUGUGUGGCUGAGCAGCUUGGCAUUUGGAACCAGGGCCUGCUUAUUGACAUCAGUGGCCGCGACCCCUCAGACCAGCCUGACGGGAUCCCAUAUAGACUGUUUGCUGAAGUCUGCAAACCAGGCAUUGUGGUCGACCCGACAUCUAUCUUUGAAGAACACUAUUUGUGUCAAAACAGUAGCCAGCUGUCCUCCGAGCAGUUCUGCAAUGCUGAAGGAAUUUUUGUCCUAGAUGAGAAAAGAUUUAUCUUCAACAAUGUUCUGGUGGGGCAAACCGCUCGGGCCCGCUUCAAACUCACCAACAACAACAAGGUCCCCUGCACACUCAACUUGGCCAUCAAAUAUGGAGGGACUAAGACACCCCGACAGUUGGAGGUAUUUGACUUGCCUGCAACAACUCUGAACAUAUCCAACCAGUCACACGCCUUUGCUGUGGUCACCUUCACACCACAAGCAAUCCGAUCUUACAGCGCUGUAUUUGAGGCUACGGUGAAGGGGCACUGCAGAUCAAAACAUACAUUCAUGAGCCAAACCCUGGAGUUUCAGCUAACUGGUAAGGGGAUUCUACCCAGUGUCUGUGUUCUGGGUCCAGCUGGUGGAAACAGCACAGGAAAGCCAGUGAUACAGUUCGGACGGGCUUUGGUGGGCCGAAGACAUACUUUACCAUUGGUGCUUCUCAACGAUGGAAAUGUUGUAGCUGAGGUCCAGAUUGACCUGGUGGAUAAACAUGAUGUGUUCACAAUCAAAGCUCCUGCUGAUAGCACCAACGACACUGUCCACUUGGCACAUCUUCAGCAAAUCCCUGCAUCAGAGGGUCAGUUGGUCCAUAGAGCCACUGCGAGGCUUGACGUAAACGAACAGAAGAGGUUUGAGGUCAGCUUCUGCUCCACUAAAUCUGUGACUGCUGAGACAACAAUGACUGUGCAGGUGAAAGACAACCAGUACAGCAACAUCACAAUACAUGUGACGGGAGAAGCUUAUCAGGAGAUCGUGUCUCUCGAUAAUAUCAGCAGGUCAACGCAGGAUGGAGAAGAUGAAGUGGAAGGUUUUUAUGAGAUGCUUAAUUUUGGUGAUUGCCAUGUAGAUUGUAAAUACCAAGAAAGCUUCACUAUGACCAACCACAGCAGCAGCCAAGUGGUGAGGUUUGAGUGGCCUCCCAGUGAACCCAACAUCACGUUUUCACCAAAGGUUGGGCACAUUCACGCUGGUUGCUCUAAGGAGGUGACCAUCACCUUUUGUUUCAGUCAGCCAGUUACUCUGAAGCAGCCAAUGAGAUGUAAGAUUUGUCAGGUGAUGUUCAAGCAGCCAAUAGAAGAGGUGGCUGACUGGGAUGACCGUCACAAAUCAGUGAAAUGGCAAAAUGCUUCAGACAUGGUUUCUGAAGAAUCUCAACAGCCUGAGAUUAAAAAGGUGAAAGAGACAGAUCCUGAGCCUCUCUGUUCUGUGGUUGAGGGAUCUCAGUCGGAGCUGGAUUUGGAAAUCAGAGCAGUUUGUGAUUAUUCGAAGUUCAGCUGCAGCAGCAACACCAUCCAGCUUAAAGAUACCAUGCUGUUCCAAACCAGGCUCCACCAACUGCAGAUUAUCAAUGUGGGCUCUGUGAAAGUAGAUUUCUGCUGGCAAGUUCAAAUGGAUUCAUGCUACAAGAUUUCAAAUCCUAAACAAGACGAGAGCUCGGGAUCUGGGCCUGGCAGCAGUUUAUCCAGGCCUCCUAGUGCUUGCAGCAGUGUACUGUCCCUCCUCAAAGGAAACCCUGAAUUGCCUCCAUUCAGCGUGGAGCCCAGAAUCGGAACCAUAAAUCCUGGUGCUACACAGAACUUCAGCGUUUGCUUUUCACCUGUGGAGGUAGCUCAGUUUCAGGGCAGACUACUCUGCAGUAUUCCAAACCUGCAGAACGGUGACCAGGCUCCUUGUAUCACUGUUUCUGGUCAAGGCCUGCUGCCUAAUGUCCAUUUUGAUUUGGAGGACUCAGACUACAUCAGGAGCAACCGCCACAGCCCUAAGUUCAGCCGGCUGCUGGAUCCCAGCACUCCAGUUUUAGAGUUCAAAGCUAUUGGCUUUUCAGCUCCCACAAGAAGGUCUUUUAAUGUGGUGAACCCAACCAGGAAGGCUUACGAUUUUAAAUGGAGGUGCGAAGACACAGCGGCCAGUCCUUUUCAUUGUCUAACAUCUUUUGGGACCAUCCCAUCAGGAAAGAAAGUGGAAAUGUGUUUUGAAUUUGUUGCUGAGCACCAGGAGACAGUGGAGUCGCUGUGGAGCUUCUUGAUUGAGAACCUGUCACUGUCUUUUCCCUUCCUUUGUGUGGGAACUGCUAGAGAACCAUGUGUCUAUCUUGACAGACCUCAUCUUGAUUUUGGGGAGUUGGUUGUUGGACAUAAAGUGGAGCAAACGGUUGAUCUGGUGAAUGCAGAGGAGGAACCCUUCCAAUUCUCCGUCCUGCAGUUGUCUCUUCUCUCUGAAGAUCAGCAGUCCAGCCUGACUUUGAAGCCCAUGAAUGGCACAGUGAUGUCCAAAAAUAGGUUACCACUGUUGGUGUCCUUCACACCUUCCUUAGAGAGAUAUGUACACUUCAGACUGAACCUGAAAGUAAAGAGGAAGUUGGAACCACUUUUACUCAACGUUAAGGCUGAUUGUUUUAACAUGAGCGUUGUAGUUCAGAUUCAGGAGCAUAACGGGAGCCUCAGAGAGAUCUUACCAAACCACGAAAAUACAUUAGACUUCGGAAAGGUGGGGAUUUCAGAGCAAUGCACCUACAAUCUCCUGGUCUCCAAUCUUUCAAGAUUCAUCCUGGAAGUAAGCUUUGAGUUGACUGGCGACAGAGAGCACCUUCAACAGUUAGAGGUGAAACCUCAAGCUGGAGCUGUGGAGAUUGGGAAGCAGCUCCAGGUGUCAGUGUUCUUUUGCCCUCAGACCGUUUGGAACCUGCAGGAUGUCCAACUAAUUGUCAAGGUGAAGCUCGGCCCAACUUUUACUUUCUCUAUUAAAGGCAGAGCUAGAGCACCCAGCCUCGAUUUCUCCUUCACCAAGUUCAACUUUGGAAAGUGUUUCCUGUUCUGUCCGGGCAUGUUGCCACCAUCCCAAACUCUUCUCAUUCACAACAAAGACACAAUGGAAGUCAGUGUCCAAUGCCAGUUCAAAAACACAGGAUUCUUGGAGGUGGACUUCCAACCAGAUAUUUUGAGGCCUGGUGCUGUGAUGAAGAUACCAAUUAAAUUCUACCCCCAGAGGACUUCUCGUUAUAAUGGAAAGCUCACCUUUGUCUUAAACGACUGUGUCACAAAACAUGUGGAAAUAGAAGGACAAGGCAUUGAGUUAAAGCUGGAAGUGACUGAUCCCUCACAAAAGAAGGUGAAGCUGGGGUCUCUGAUGUUGGGUCAGAGGGUGAACAAACAGGUGGUUCUUGUCAAUCACAGCCUCUUAGACCUUUCUUUCACUUUGACACUUAGCACAAAUAUUCCACUGGAUCCCAAGGACCUGUCUGUCAGCCCAGCAGGUGAGCUGAAACUGAAAUCUGGUGGCGGCUCCUGUAAGGUGGAGAUACAGUUCUCGCCUCAUCAGCAUAUUCCUCCUUUUUCUGCGGAGCUGCAGGCGAAGUUUGCAGGCUUCUUCCACCCCCUGCUGACCAUUGAGGGCUGCUGCAAGGGGGUGGAAGUCCAUUUAGACUCGAACCAUUUGUCUUUUGGAGCUGUGGUCCAGCACUGCAAGACGAGCAGGAGGAUUGUCAUGAUGAACACGGGUGAUGCCAGUGCCAGAUUUCAAUGGCAAACAGAUUUCCCUCCAGAGUUGUCUAUCAAACCAGUGAAAGGAUAUAUCGGUCCAGGCAAGGAUGUUCCCUUUGAGGUGACCUUUGCCCCCUUGAAGCCCUGUAAUGACCUCAGAUAUGAGAACCUGUCCUGCUUCAUCGAAGGUUCCCCGUCGGUUAAACUGACGGUUACAGGCUCCUGCAUUCAAGCUUCCACAAGCAAAGAGGUGGUAAACUUUGCUUGCCGAGUGCAAAGUUCUCAAACUCAGAGCCUGUCCAUAACCAACCCCUGCAGCGAGCGCUGCAGCAUCAGACCUGCCAUCGAGGGGGAACAGUGGAGUGCUACUCUCUUUCUGACCUUUGAACCCAACCAAACCAAGACAUUUGACAUAACGUACAGACCACUGACCAUGACCCCUGAAGGACACAAGCACCUGGGAUCAGUUUUUUUCUCCUUUCCUGCUGGGAAGGGAAUGUUAUUCAGCCUGCAGGGAACAGCUACUCCUCCCAAAGCAAAGGACACCAUCAUGCAUGAGCUGCCUGCCAAAACUAAACACUGUGAGGUUCUCCAGGUUAACAAUUGGCUCUCCAGGCAGCAGAGGUUCUGUGUGCUGCUAGAAGUACUUAAGCAUGAGAAAACAGACCCGAUCGUGUUCCUAAAGGGACACGACUCCAUUGAGGUUCCUGCUUUGACCAAGAGAGACUAUAAGAUGUCUUUUUUUGCAUACAGAGAGGGGGAUUACAACACCAAGGUGACAUUUCGUAAUGAGGUAACAGGUGAGUACUUGUUUUACCUCGUUAAUUUUAAAGUCAGGCCUCCAGGAGUCCUGUCCACCAUCAAGCUGGAGACCCCUGUCCGCCAGAUGGCCUCAGCUGCUCUAAACGUGGAGAACCCUCUGACCACCGCUACCAGCUUCACCACAGAGUGUAAAUGUGGUGACAUCAAGGCUCCACCUCAGCAGACCGUGCCGGGACAAUCCAAGGGUGUUCUGAGCUUCGAGUAUCUGCCUCUUCAUGUAGGCGAGUCUACCGCACGGCUUACGUUGUUCAGUAGUGAUCUGGGCCAUUUUCCCUACAAUCUGCUUCUCAAAGCUCUGCCCCCACCAACGGAGGAGACGGUUCACUUCCAGGCUGCACUGGGAAACAGCCACUCUACCCCCGUUAAGUUCAUCAACUACACCCACCUCAUAACCAAGUACCAGUGUAAGACUGAUUGUCCUGAUUUUACCGUGGACAAAAGUGUUAGUGCUUCGCCCGGUUUUCCUUCAGGGUCAGAGGUGAGGGUGGAAGUUCGUUUCGAGCCACAUCAGCUGGGGGAGGUGAAGGGACAGCUCAGCCUGACCUCAGAAACUGGUGGGGAAUACAUCUUUCCUUUGCACGGUGUGUGCAUCCUCCCGAGACCUCAGGGCCCGUUCAGAAUCACAGCGGGUGGCAGCGUCACCAUCCCCUUCAAGAACGUGUUCUGCCAAACCACAACUUUCUCUUUGCAGGUUGACAACCCCUGCUUUACUGUCAAAGCGGUGAACAGCAUUCCCUCUAAAAAGACACAAAACAUCCUGGUGUCCUUUGAAGCUCCUACAGGGGGACCUCCUGGACCAUGGUUUGGGAAGAUGACCAUCUGCAGCCAGCACUCAGAGGACCACUGCAAGCCAUGUUCAUGGGUCUACUACCUAAAGGGCCAGCGACCCCAGUCUUCUUUGGAAACAUAAAGAGAACAUCCGAACAGACAGCUAUGCCUUCAUUUUUCAAUUUAACUUAGGUUAUCUCUAUCUUAUGUGUUGGAAUUUUAGAUUGUUUUGAACCUGGAGUCUAAAUGUUGAUGCCAAAAAUGUAAAAUACAUUUCUCUUGACUGCGA